AUGGAGAAUUUCCACCAUCCAUAUACGCCAUAUGAUAUUCAACUGCAAUUUAUGCAGGCAUUGUACAACUGCUUGGAAGAAAGCAAGAUUGCCGUCUUUGAAUCCCCCACUGGUACUGGAAAAUCUCUUAGCCUAAUCUGUGGUUCCCUGACAUGGCUGCGAGACCAUAAGCGAAAGGCAUUCCAAGAAACCGUUGAUGCUACAGGUGAUGACGAUGAGCCAGAAUGGAUGGUAGAGCAUGCCAAACGUGAAUCGAGGCGUGUCAUCACAGAGAAAAGACAGGAAUUCGAGGCCCGUCUGGCUAAGGUUCGACAAGAGGAGGAACGUCUGAAACAGGCUCAAGACAGCACAGAGCGACCCCGUAAAAGACAGCGACUUGAAGAUUCAGCACCUGAACUGGCUACGGAUGAUGACCAGUUCGUUCUUGAUGACUAUGAUAGCGACACAGAGAGCCAGAACAAGCAGAAGGGAUCUGACGGCUUGUCUGCGAGCACUCUAGCCCUAUUGGAAAGAUUCAAAGGGAAAUUCUCGACACAAAAGAAAGACGAGGAAGGCGAAGGAGAUGAUGGGAUCAAGAUCUUUUUCUGCUCACGAACACAUUCCCAGCUGAGUCAGUUUGCUGGUGAAUUGCGGCGCGUCGCAUUCCCAUCCAGUAUACCCGGCGACCUGGAUACAGAAAGCAAAGAUGACAUCUCUAACCUCGAAGAACGGGUGAAACACCUUUCUCUGGGAUCUAGGAAGAACCUCUGCAUCAAUCCCAAAGUCCGGGCUUUGGAGAACAACACCGCAAUCAAUGAGAAGUGUUUGGAAUUACAACAAGCCGGUGUAGCAGCCGACAAGAAGUGCUCCUUUCUUCCCUCCAAAGAUGACGAGGCUUUGGCUCUCGAAUUCAGAGACCAUGUGUUAGCCACAGUCAAGGACAUCGAGGAUAUUGCCGAUGUUGGUAAAAAGCUUGGAAUAUGCCCCUACUAUGCAUCCCGUCCAGUGAUCAAACACAGCGAGAUUGUGACACUUCCAUAUCCUUUGUUACUGCAACGGUCUGCUCGUGAGGCCCUCGAUAUUUCCGUCAAAGGCCAUAUCGUCAUCAUCGAUGAGGCCCACAAUCUCAUGGAUGCGAUAUCUGGCAUUCAUUCAGUGACAGUCUCACUGAGCCAGCUGCAGACUGCGAUAGGACAACUGACGACAUACGCCCGCAAGUUCAAGAAUAGGUUAAAAGGGAAGAAUCGAAACUAUGUCGCGCAAGUCAUCCGCUUGGUGAGCUCCAUUGCGGAGCACCUAAAGUUAAUGUCCCAGCAGAAGGGUCCAGUGGAAGGUCCAGUACAAGCAUCAGAUCUUAUGGCUGGAAAAGGAGUUGACCAGAUCAACCCUUACAAGCUCUCGAGGUAUCUACAGGAGAGCAAGCUCGCCCGGAAAGUCGACGGCUACCUGGAGUCCACACAGGAGCCUCAGCCUGGUCACCGCAAGGACAGGACGACAAUGCCGGUCUUGUUUCAUAUCCAGAGCUUCCUUCUGCCUUUGAUGAAUCCUUCGGAAGAGGGACAGCUCUUCUUUCAAAAGACGCAAGGCGAUAUCAUGUUGAGAUACAUGCUGCUUGACCCUACGAAUCAUUUCCGAGAGAUUGCUGAAGAUGCCAGAGCUGUCAUCUUAGCUGGUGGCACUAUGUCUCCUAUGUCCGAUUAUGUCAAUCAUUUGUUCUCAUAUCUGCCCCCUGAACGACUGGACACGUUUAGUUACGGUCACGUCAUUCCCAAAUCCAACCUGGUGGCGCAAUCCUUGACUCAAGGGUUGAUGGGAACCGAAUUUGACUUCACGUAUGAGGCGCGAAAUUCGGAGAAAAUGAUCACCGACCUUGGGCGCACGAUAACAACCCUCUGUCAGGUCAUCCCAGAUGGCGUUGUCGCCUUCUUUCCCAGUUAUGACUAUCUUAGCCAAGUCUUGAGUGUGUGGAAGAAGCCUAUCCCCAACGGGAACGGUCAGACCAUCCUCAGUCUCUUGGAACGUAAGAAGAAGAUCCUCUACGAAUCGCGAGAAGCAGUGACUACCACAGAUGCUUUGUUGCAAGAGUACACAGAGGCCGUUGACUCUGGAUCAGGAGCACUACUUCUGUCUAUCGUGGGCGGGAAGUUAUCAGAAGGCAUCAAUUUCUCCGACAAGCUAGGCCGUGGCGUCCUCAUCAUCGGUCUGCCAUUCCCAAAUAUUCGUAGCGCUGUCUGGCAGGCCAAGAUCCAGUACCUCGAGGAAAAGAUCUACAAACAGGCCUCUGGCUCGGAGGCGGAAAGGAAAGCAGCAGGCAAGGCAGCGGGUAGGGAGUAUUACGAGAAUUCGUGCAUGCGAGCAGUGAACCAGUGCAUUGGGAGAGCCAUCAGACAUGUGAACGACUAUGCCGCCAUCGUCAUGAUUGACCGCCGAUAUGAGUUGCCACGCAUCCAGCAAAAGUUGCCUGGUUGGAUUCGAGGGAGCUUGGUCCCAGCGCCUCCCACGCGAGCGGCUCAGAUGACCAUGCAACGACUGACUAAGUUCUUUGCGGAAAAGAGACAGUAG